CGCGACUGGCUCCCCGGCCGGGCGGCUCCGACCUCCGCCGCGCCUUGACAGCCGCACGCCCUGAUAGCCGCACUCCAACUCCAGCACCAUCCAACGCCCCGCCCCGUCGCCGUCAGCGGGCGGCCAAUAAACGGAGAGCAGGAAGAGGCGGGGCCACCGGGGCCGCCCCAAACACCUACUUCUAACCAGUGGAGUCACAAGACUUGAGCAGGGCGGAGCUAGCCCGACCACCCAAUCCGCGGUUCGAGGCCGCCACGCAGCGCCCACUCCCGGAGUCAGGCUCCGCCCUUCGCGUUGACGUACACUGGCCAACCUAUAAACGACUGAGCCCUGGGGUUGAGGGGGCGGGGAGAGGAGGCGGAGAGAGGAAGGAGGCGUUGGCUGAGGAGGAAGAGGGAGGAGGGGCAGGGAAGUUCUGGCGGAGAAGAGGCCGAAGACUCCAAAGAAGACAACCGGAGGGUACGGUGCAGCUCCUCACUGCCCAGCCGCCGUUCGGGAUUCUUCGAGGCGCGAGUCCGUCCGAGACCGAGGACAGGAGGAAGAGUCUUUUAUGUCGGAGGACAGAGAAGCUCAACCCGUCACCGUUGCCUCACAUCCGGGGCUUUGGAGGGCUGGCCCCCGCGGCCCCGCCCCCCCCCUCGCGCUUUUCAUGGCUACUGGAGGCGGAGGCUGGCGAAACUGGGCCCGGCGGUGGCCCCUUUAAAUUUAUUUAAAGGGGUGGUCCCCCAACUCUGCCGACUCUAACGCCAGCCUUAAAGGGGAAGCCGUGAGCCGAAGCUGACAAAUUGAGAACUGUGCUGUUGGGAGAACUGGUGCAAGUGGAGUUUCUCACCACUCACCACACCCCCACACCCCCGUCCCACGCAAGAAGUUCUUUAAAUUCAUCUUAAAGGGGAAGUGGCCGCUUGUGGAGGACUAGAAACUUAAGUGCGAGCUCUUAAGGGGACGGGCUGCUGUUUGAAGGCCCCUGGACUCUUUAAAGGGGUGGCCUCUUUCAGCCGGCGGACUUGAGACACUUUUAAAGGGGAGGUCUGCGUUUCAGGUCGAGCUUUCGGCCCCUUUUAAAGGGGUGGCCCUUCCUCUUCCUCGGGGAGACUUGCCUCGACCCCUGGCAGGGGGCCACCACCGCACUAGGCCAGCCGGACACAGUUGGGUCGUCUUAAAGGGGCCUGGAGCUGGACAAUUUGAGGCCUCGCCUUAAAGGGACGGUCGCCCCGUUUUCAUCGUCGCGGCCCCGCCGGCCCUAUAGGGGGGGCCUUCGGGCUUGUCGCCCCGGGGGCGGCGCCGGCUCUCUGGGCCUUGGCCUUGGGGCAAGCUUGGGGCCAGCGGAUCCUGCUUUAAAGAGGAAGCCGUGGCCCUCUCGUCCCUGGGCCACCGCCUGCGCCGCGCCUGCGAUCCCGGGCCUGCAGACAGGCCGCUUUGGACCCCGCCGCCUCCGGAUGCGGCGCUGAGGGCCGUCACCAUGGAGACGGCCGCGGCCCCGGGCCCGGGCUGGGCAGCUGAAGGGGAGCGGCGGCGAAGACGCUGCCCCCGCCGAGACCGAGACCGGGAGCAGCGGCGCCGCCGAGGUCCAGGCGGCGACGCGCCCCGGGCCCUGUUGGCCGCCCAGCGCGGCUCUUCGUCCUCUUCGUCGCCGCCGCCGUCCGCUCGACCCUGGUCGUCAGCUUCCUCUGGAGAGCGGCCUGGGGGCCUGAGACGGCGGCGGCCUCGUCCCAGGCCUCGGCCACCGAGGCCGCGAGCUCGGAAGCGGCCUGCCGGUUCGGGCAGCCGCGGGGAGGAAGAGGAGGAGGAGGAAGAAGGGGGUGCAGACGACGGGGAAGCCGAGGAGGAGCCUGAGGAGGAGGAAGAAGAGGAGGAGGACUUGAUCGAUGGCUUUGCCAUCGCUAGCUUCGCCAGCCUUGAGGCCUUGCAGAAGGAUGCAUCUCUUCAGCCCCCAGAGCGACUGGAACAUCGGCUGAAGCAUUCUGGGAAACGGAAGAGGGGGGGCUCCAGUGGGGCCACUGGGGAGCUAGGGGACAGCUCAGAUCGUGAGCCUGGCCGGCCCCCUGGGGAUCGGCCCCGAAAAUGGCCCAAUAAGCGGAGAAGGAAAGAGGCCUUCUCCCGUCACUCUCUGGAAGCUGGAUAUAUAUGUGACGCAGAAAGUGAUCUGGAUGAGAGGGUCUCUGAUGAUGACCUCGACCCGUCCUUCACUGUCUCAACCAGCAAAGCCUCGGGUCCCCAUGGCGCCUUCAAUGGGAACUGUGAAGCAAAACUGUCUGUGGUCCCUAAAGUGUCAGGACUGGAGCGGAGCCAAGAGCAGCCCCCAGGGCCCGACCCGCUGCUAGUGCCUUUCCCCCCAAAGGAACCACCACCUCCUCCAGCCCCUCGGCCUCCUGUCUCACCCCCUGCACCCUUACCGGCCGCCCCCAGUCUGCCACCCCCACCCCAACCGCAGCUUCGGGUCUCACCCUUCAGCCUCCGCACUUCUCCCUAUGGCAGCAGCCUGGACCUCAGCACUGGCAGCUCUUCACGGCCGCCCCCCAAGGCCCCGGCCCCUCCCGUGGCUCAGCCUCCCCCCUCAUCAUCCUCUUCGUCCUCCUCAUCAUCAUCUGCCUCCUCCUCGUCCUCGCAGCUCACCCACCGGCCCCCGACGCCCUCACUGCCCCUGCCUCUGUCCACCCACAGCUUUCCUCCCCAUGGGCUGCGGCCUCCCCCACCCCACCACCACCCCUCCUUGGUCUCCCCUGGCCCCACCCUGCCCCCACCCCCACCUCUGCUGCAGGUGCCAGGGCACCCUGGGGCCUCAGCCGCUAACGCCCUUUCUGAGCAGGACCUGAUCGGCCAGGACCUGAACUCUCGCUACCUGAAUGCCCAGGGUGGCCCUGAGGUGAUGGGGGCAGGGGGCUCGGCCCGGCCCCUGGCUUUCCAGUUCCAUCAGCACAACCACCAGCACCAACACACCCACCAGCACACCCACCAGCACUUCACCCCCUACCCCCCAGGCCUGCUGCCUCCCCACGGCCACAUGUUUGAGAAAUACCCAGGAAAGAUGGAAGGCCUUUUCCGGCAUAAUCCGUACAUGGCCUUCCCUCCCGCAGUACCAGGGCUCCCUCCAGGCCUCCCACCGGCUGUCUCCUUUGGCUCCCUGCAGGGGGCCUUCCAGCCCAAGAACACGAACCCUGAGCUGCCACCACGACUGGGGCCAGUGCUGAGCGGGCUCCCCCAAAAGGGAACACAGAUCCCUGAUCAUUUCCGGCCACCUUUGAGGAAACCAGGAAAGUGGUGUGCCAUGCACGUUCGUGUGGCUUACAUGAUCCUGAGACACCAGGAAAAGAUGAAGGGUGACUCCCACAAGCUUGAUUUUCGCAACGACCUCCUGCCCUGCCUUCCAGGGCCCUAUGGGGCCCUGCCCCCUGGGCAGGAGCUCUCCCACCCGGCCUCCCUCUUCACUGCGACUGGUGCCGUCCAUGCUGCAGCCAACCCUUUCACGACAGCUCCCGGGGCCCAUGGACCCUUCCUGAGCCCCAGCACUCACAUUGAUCCCUUUGGGCGUCCCACAAGCUUUGCCUCCUUAGCUGCCCUCUCCAAUGGGGCUUUUGGAGGCCUGGGCAGCCCCACAUUCAACUCCGGUGCAGUCUUUGCCCAGAAAGAAAGCCCAGGGGCCCCACCAGCCUUUGCCUCCCCACCAGACCCAUGGGGCCGCCUGCACCGCAGUCCUCUGGCCUUUCCUGCUUGGGUCCGGCCCCCUGAAGCUGCCCGGACACCAGGCUCAGAUAAGGAGCGACCUGUGGAGCGGAGGGAACCCUCUGUCACCAAGGAGGAGAAGGAUAGGGACCUUCCCUUCUCACGGCCCCAGCUACGAGUUUCUCCUGCUACCCCCAAGGCCCGGGCUGGUGAGGAAGGGGCCCGGCCAGCCAAAGAGUCUGUGCGUGUAAAGGAAGAGCGGAAGGAAGAGGCUGCUGCUGCCGCCGCUGCUGCCGCCGCUGCCGCCGCUGCUGCUGCCACCACUGGGCCUCAGGGCCUUCACUUGCUUUUGGAGAGGCCCCGGCCACCUCCCUUUCUUGGCCCUAGUCUGCCAGAGCGCUGUGCCGGCUUCCCAGAGCCAACCUGGUUGGCUGGGCCACCACGCCUGGCCAGGCCACCACGCUUCUAUGAGGCAGGUGAGGAGUUGACUGGACCAGGGGCCAUGGCUGCUGCCCGCCUCUACAGUCUAGACCCUGCUCAUCCUUUGCUAUAUGGCCGUUUGGCUCCUCCACCACCACCUGCUGUGGCUCCAGGAACCCCUCACCUUCUCAGCAAGACCCCACCAGGAGCCCUUUUGGGGGCACCACCUCCACUUGUGCCCGCUCCCCGUCCCAGUUCCCCACCUAGGGCCCCUGGCCCAGCCCGGGCUGACAGGUGAGGAGAGGUGAGGGGCAGGGGCAAAGCUCCACUCCCCCUCCCCCCCAUUCCUUGUGACAAAAUCCUAGGGCUGAAGUUUUUAAGCCAGGGUUGGAAGGCAAAGGUCAUGGACCUAGGAACAGAAUCCCCAACCCCCACAAGGUCAAGUAUCUAUCACAUGGACUGUGGGGUCACUGAGAAGACAGAGGUCACAAGCCUCUAGAGAGAAGUUGUGUUUUUGUACACGCGUGUGUGCGUGUAUAUGAGGGAGAUAUUUCAGAGGUUAUGUUUUGUGACCUCUUGAGGUGCAUCAUUGCCCCCUCUAAGGGCCUCUAGGCCCUUGGCCUGCCUCCCCAAGGGCUCACUAAGCCAGAGGCCAAAGUGCCCCCCUCCCUUUCACCUACUACCCAAGUUCUCAUGCCCUCCUAGGGCUGAGGAAGGAGGAGCUGAAGGAA